AGCCCAGACGCAAACGGAGAAACGGCUUGGCCGAGAGGAGGAACAGAGGACGACGAUCGUUUUAUUUUAUUUUUUUAUUUUUCAUUUUUCUCCUGCCUGCCUCCCUCUCUAUCUGACUCGGGACAUGGUCCUCGCAGGAGGCCCACCUAGAGCACGCCGUCGCGCUUGCGACCUACCUACCUACAUAAUGCGAUGCAUCCAUCUCUCGAGAGGAUCGGCGCAUGACCUCGCAGGCUCGUUCGACGCCCGAGCCGAGGAGUGCCGGCUGGCUCGCAUCGCUGGACGGCAGAAUCUGAGUGCGGCGCAGGACGCAGAUCGAACGAGCGCCGACGGUGGUGGUCGGGAGAGGGGAGAGGGAUGGCUCUGUGCGCCGCAUACAUGCGUAAUCUCCACGGCUCUUCCCCCCCCCCCCUCCCUCCCAAGCGGUAUUAUCACACACCUCGACGUAGGUAUACACCCACUUAGUACAUCCACCGGCACGUCCACUUGGCGCAUCCACCACGGCAACUUACCACAUCGCCUCUUCGCGCCCUGGCUCGUCGUCCUCGCCUUUGCGACUACGUCUCCCCACCUCGGUCCACUCCCCGCCGCACGUCGUGCUCCUGUUCCUCCUCCUCCUUCUUCUCCCCUCUUUCCCCCUCCUUUGGCGGGGGUCACGGCAGAGCCAGGAGCUGAAAGAGGGCGAAGGGGUGAGCGAGACGCUCUGGGUGGGAUGGCGGCAGGCGAGUGGAGGGCCUCGAUACCGACUAAGAGAGGAUCAUCGGCCUGUUAGCCUCUUCGGGCGCCGGGUUAUUACGGCAUCGCACCUGCGUCGCUAGGCUCGUCCCCGGUCCGAGACAUUGCGAGAGCGCUGUCAUGUAAUACGCAGGUAGGUAUUCUUCUCGCCCUCCGGUCCGCCGCCCGCGCGAGCAGCAGCAGCAAUGCGUAGGUACAAAUAUCCUUUUUUUUUUUAACUCUCCUCG